UUGUUUAAGUGCGUGCUUUGAUUUUCGGGAUCCUUUUGGUUCUUUGUGUUUUGGAGAUUCAGUUGGAGAUAUUUCAAUGCAUAUUUGGAUUUGCAGCUUAGAAGUGUAAUUCAUUGAGGAUUUUCUGGUGAUUUGGAGUAUGAUUUCGAGGUGGGGGCUGUGUUUUCGAUGAUAUCUUUGCAAAAGAAUUGUGGGUUUGUUGAUGUGAAUUUGGAAGUGUAAGAAGUUAAGUCUCUUUCCGCAUAGCGUUUUUCAAGUUUCGGACUUUGGAAGAAGAAUCUGGGUUUCCUGAAUGAGAGGCUCUAGUCGAAGAAGAAGGAAAUAAAACUUAAAGAAUUUGUGGAUUUGAAGGUACAAUGACUGGAGGGUCAUUCGGUCUACGUACAGGGAGUUAUGGAUCACUACUACAACAACAACCGAUACAGAAUGGUCUUUCACAUAAUCAGCCAACACCUAUUCUUACCCGCAAGUCUUCAAAGUUGCUUCUUUCCGGUUCAAGGGAGAAGGAAAGAGUUUUGCUCUUUGUCUGUAGAUUCUUGGGUCGAAAGCGAGUUACAAUGCUUCUUUUGGUUGUCCUUGCUCUUUUGGUUUUCGUAUUCAAUUCCUUCACUGUAAAUAGAGAAAGCACUAAUGUCAUUAUGACUCAACAUAGUGAAAAUGUGAUACCUUUUCGCGAGGAGAUGUCAAGUAGUUCCGUAACUUUUGAAGACAUGGAAGACAGACAUGACAUUAAACUUCCUUCUCCCCAUUCCCUUGCUCAACCAUUUGCUGUUGUUCGGGGAAAUGCCCCUCUUUUGCCUCACCACUGUGAAAAUUUUGCAUUUCCCCCUCCUCCUCCUCCAACCGAUCGAAAACGCUAUGGACCACGCCCAUGCCCAGUUUGCUAUCUACCUGUGGAGCAGGCUAUAGCUAGUAUGCCAAGCUACCCCUCAGAAUCACCUGUCCUACAUAAUUUGACAUAUGUUUAUGAUGAAAAUCCUACUAGAGUUGAACCACAUAGAGGUUCAGAAUUUGGUGGAUUUCCAACUCUAAAGCAGAGAAAUGACUCUUAUGAUAUAAAAGAAUCCAUGAUGGUCCACUGUGGAUUUGUGAACGCAAGCAAACCUGGUCACCGGUCUGGAUUUGAUGUUGAUGAAGCUGACCUUAUGGAGUUGGAGAUGUACCAUGAUGUCAUUGUUGCAUCAGCUGUCUUUGGAAACUAUGACAUAAUACAACAACCAAAGAACAUCAGUGAGUUUUCGAGGAAGAAUGUUCCAUUCUACUUGUUUAUUGACGAAGAGACAGAAGCUUAUAUGAAGAAUUAUAGUGUCCUGGGAGACAGUAAGAGGAUAGGGUUGUGGAGAAUUAUUGUUGUCCGCAACGUUCCUUACAGUGAUGCAAGGCGUAAUGGAAAGAUUCCGAAGCUUCUAUUGCAUAGGAUUUUCCCCAAUGUCAGAUACUCUAUAUGGAUUGAUGGAAAGCUUCGGCUUGUGGUGGAUCCUUUUCAAGUCCUUGAGAGGUUCUUGUGGCGUCAGAAUGCAAACUUUGCAAUUUCAAGGCACUAUAAACGGUAUGAUGUGUUUGUAGAAGCUGAAGCUAACAAAGCUGCUGGAAAGUAUGAUAAUUCCACCAUCAAUGAGCAGAUUGACUUCUAUAUUAAGGAGGGUUUGCAACCUUAUUCAGAGGCUAAGUUUCCAAUAACGAGUGAUGUUCCUGAAGGUUGUGUUAUCAUAAAGGAACACAUUCCCAUCACAAAUUUAUUUACCUGCAAUUGGUUCAACGAAGUUGAUCGUUUUACCUCCAGGGAUCAGUUAAGCUUCUCCACAGUGAGGGAUAGAAUCAUGGGAAAAGUUGAUUGGAGCAUUAAUAUGUUUUUGGACUGUGAAAGGCGGAAUUUUGUAAUUCAGGCAUACCACAGAGAGUUACUGGAGCACAUGCCUCCUCCCCCACCUCCUAGGGUUAUUGUUCGUCGUCCGCCAUCUUUGUCUCAUGGUGCCACAUCUGUAAAGACUCCAAUCGGGAAGAAGAUUUCUCAAAAGCGUGGACGAGGAGAUAAGAAGCGCCAUCGUAAGGUUGCUGGUGGUAGUAGAGACAGCAAGACAUUCUAAUUUUUCUUUUUGUUGUUUUCCCCUUGAGAAAUCUUUGACUAUAGGAAAAAUGUAAUCUUCCUCCCCCCUUGUCACAAAUUAUACGUCGCGGGGUAGGAAGAUUUGGUUAGAUAUGUGCAGGAUAGGAAAGGACAGAUAAAAGAAACUCAAAUUUUUGUGUUGGAAUUGUUGAUAUCAUUCAAGUUUUUGUUCCUUUUUCUUCA